AUCCCGCCAUGGAGGCGCAGGGGGAGCAGGCGGCGGCGGGCGCGGGGCUGCGGGGGGAGCUGGAGGCGCGGCUGCGGGCGCUGGGCAUCAGCCCGCUCUGCGUGGAGCACCCCGAGGUCUUCACGGUGGAGGAGCUGAUGCGGCACGUGGGGCACCUGGGCGGCGGGCACAGCAAGAACCUCUUCCUGAGGGACAAGAAGAAGAAGGGGCUGUGGCUGGUGACGGCGCUGCACGACCGGCAGGUGAACCUCAACGACCUAGGCAAGAAGCUGGGGCUGGGAAGCGGGACCCUCCGCUUCGCGGAUGAAAAAGUCAUGCAGGAGAAGCUGAAAGUAGGCCAGGGCUGCGCCACCCCCUUGGCCCUCUUCUGUGACACCGGCGGGGACGUGAGGUUGGUGCUGGACGCCGGCUUCUUGGACGGGGGCUACGACAGGGUCUACUUCCAUCCCAUGACCAAUGCCGCGACCAUGGGCCUGACGCCUGAAGACUUCUUGAGAAUCUUUAAGAUACUUAACCUUCUCCACUUCCCAGUCCCACCUUCAGAAGUACUACAUAAUGCAGAAGAGACACAGAAGUGGCUUCCUCUGGAGUUUAUCAGUGAUGCUCCUACAUCAGCUGGAGAUUUUCCUAGAGAAGUGACACACAAAAACUAGUGCUUCUCUCCUGUUACACUACAGUACUUGUUCUUACAGCACUCCUGCCCCCUUGCUGGCCUGAGACUGUGAAAUCCAAUGUCUCCUUUUGGCUAUGCUGUGACCUACAAAACUGAAGGUCAAAGAACAAAUCUAGAAGUUAGAAUUCAAAAUUCACUAUUAGACAGAUUUCUGCAGGUUUGCAUAUUGCAAAACUCCUUUAUAUAAUACAACUAUAUGUCAGCCCUAAAUGUCUGUAACAAUGUUUUUAUUUCUUAAAACAAUGUUGAUGUCUGCAUCAGGGUCUAAUUUCUACAAUCAUUUUAAAUAAUAACUAAUGUCUGGUAUAAUUUUAAAACUAUUUAAAAUGUUUAUUUACCACAUUUUAAAUGGUUCCCUUUCGGCAUUUUCUGUUUAACUGGCCAUCUUGUGUUUAACAGAUGAUUUCAUUAAUUAUUCCUGAGCUGACAUAUUUUAUAAUUAAUUUUUUAAAAUUUACUUGACUUGAGCUGCACUACACGUUAAUAUUAUUGCCAAAUCUUUAUAUGCCUCAUUUUCUAACUCACCAGUGCUGUCUUUGAGCAGAAGAAAUAAUAAGAAUUUCCACCAUAAUUAGUAAAGGUUUUUAUUAUUACACAUUGUAAGAUACUCAUAAAACUAUGUUACUUGAUUCCAAAUGAACAGAGCACACUUGACCACCUUUGUACAUCAGACAUUGGAAGACAGAGCACAGGAAAGAGAAAAGAAUGAAGGGGGAGAUUUUUUCAAUGCAAAUGCUACACUUAGUUUGGUUGCUAUCUUUCAAACACAAAUUACCAUUUAUGUUUAUGAAACUUAACAAUGCAUUUAAAGUUCAGAUAUUUAAUAAAUAUGAACAGCAGCCCAUAUUUAUUGUGCAAACUACAGGCACUGAAUUAUUUGCACUAUAACUUACUUCUUGAGCAGAAUGACACAUAAAAACAUGAUAUAAAUAAAAAGCAAGACACUGAAAUCUUUCUGAACAUUUUCUUCGUACUAGUACUGUAGUUGUGAAAGCAAAAAAUAAGCAUAGGCAUUUUUACUCAAAAUACGUAAUCUAUGAGUUGCUGUGCAUCUGAAAGCAAAUAAUACAGCUGAGAAAUAUUGUCUUGAUGAAAAUCACUUAGUUCGCUAUGCCAUUUUUGGCAACAGAGCAUGCAACUUCUUUAACAUGCAUUCAGUAAUGUACAAAAAACCCAAAAUACUGGUAACAAGUGACAAAAAUACAGAACAUUAGCUUGUAUAUUAAGGCUUUUAAAGGCAUGCAAAAAUAUACAGUGCAAUUAAUGGUUUCAUGCAAGCUUUGGUGUGGUUACAA